CUCUUAUCUAAGUUUUUAGCAAUGGCGAAACUAAACUCUAAAUUCAUCUCUAUGAUUCUUUUCACUCUCGUGGUGAUAGUUUCUGCUGAAGUUAUCUUCGAGGAGCGAUUCGAUGAUGGAUGGGAGAACAGAUGGGUAAAAUCAGACUGGAAGAAAGAUAGUAACACUGCUGGAGAAUGGAAACACACUGGUGGCAAUUGGUCUGGUGAUGCUAAUGAUAAAGGUAUACAAACUAGCGAAGACAAUAGAUUCUACGCUAUAUCAGCUGAGUUUCCUGAGUUCAGCAACAAGGACAAGACCCUAGUCUUCCAAUUCUCUGUCAAACAUGAGCAGAAGCUUGACUGUGGUGGUGGCUACAUGAAGUUGCUUAGUGGUGAUGUUGACCAGAAAUUUUUUGGAGGAGACACUCCUUACAGUAUUAUGUUUGGUCCUGAUAUAUGUGGUGAGACUAAGAAUGUACAUGCGAUUCUUACUUACAAUGGAACAAACCACUUGAUCAAGAAGAAGGUCUCAUGUGAGACUGACCAACUCACUCAUGUGUACACUUUCAUCCUUCGACCAGAUGCUACUUAUAGUAUUUUGAUUGAUAAUGUUGAGAAGCAAUCUGGUAGUCUCUACUCUGAUUGGGAUCUCCUACCACCAAAGAAGAUCAAAGAUCCAAGUGUCCAGAAGCCUGAAGAUUGGGAUGACAAAAAAUACAUUCCUGAUCCGGAAGACACAAAGCCGGAGGGAUAUGAUGACAUCCCUAAGGAUAUUCCAGAACCCGGUGCAACGAAGCCUGAUGAAUGGGAUGAAGAAGAAUAUGGUGAAUGGACUGCCCCAACCAUCCCUAACCCUGAGUACAAGGGCAAAUGGAAGCCCAAGAAAAUUAAAAACCCUAAUUACAAGGGCAAGUGGAAGGCUCCUAUGAUUGACAACCCUGAGUUCAAGGAUGAUCCAGAACUAUAUGUCUUCCCCAAAUUGAGAUAUGUUGGAGUAGAGUUGUGGCAGGUGAAAUCGGGAUCUUUGUUCGACAAUGUCUUGGUAAGCGAUGACAUAGAGUAUGCUAAAAAGUUGGCCGAGGAAACAUGGGGAAAGCACAAGGAUGCAGAGAAGGCAGCAUUUGAUGAAGUCGAAAAGAAAAGAGAGGAAGAGGAAUCAAAAGAAGCUCUAGUUGAAUCUGAAGAUGAUGAAGAACCAGAAAAUAAUGACAAUGAAGGAGAUGACUCGGACAAGAACACGAAGUCUAAGGAAACUAAGCAAGUCGAUGCGGCCCAUGAUGAGCUCUAAGCAAAAAUGGUGGAAAUUAAAAAAGAGUUUAGAGUCUCAUACUCUUAUAUAUUUGUUUGUUACCUUUUCUCAAUAAAUAAAAUUUGUAUAUCUACAGUUUGGUU